AUGCAAUACAUCAAAUCAACAUUUUGUUUAUUAGCCCUUAUUUCCAUAAGUCUUUUGUUUAUUGGCAAAAGUCAGUGUACUCCUUUGGAUGAUUAUGUCAACGCAGCCGAUCCACACUUUUCUUGGACUGUAAUACAGUCAUAUCAACAACCUGAUUAUGUUUUAUAUAUUCUAAAUUUUACGUCACAAAAAUGGCUCGAUGAAACAUUUUCUAAUCGUCCUAUUUGGUGGCAUUACUUAUGUAUUAGUGUUCCGCAUAAAAUUACAAGACCUAAUUCUGCUUUUAUGCUUAUUGACGGGGGUAGCAAUAAUAAUGGACUGCCAAAACCGCAAGAUAAUUUUGUUGCUUUGACAUCUAUGUUUGCUGCAAGUAGUGGAAGUAUUGGUGUUGAUCUUCAAGAUAUUCCUAAUGAGCCUAUACGCUUUACUGCUGAUCCAACACAAAGAAAUCGUGGAGAAGAUGCUAUUAUUGCAUGGACAUGGAAGACGUUUCUUGAAAAUCCCGAUAAUCCGUAUGUAUUACUUCGUAUGCCAAUGACUAAGGCUUCAGUAAGAGCUAUGGAUGCAGUACAGCAGUUUGUAAAACAAUUAGGAGUGGCUGUACCGCAAAAAUUUCUCAUCGGAGGUGCUUCAAAACGUGGCUGGACAACUUGGACAACAGCUGCUGUUGAUAAUGAACGAGUUGUUGCUGCAGUACCCAUCGUUUUGGAUAUUUUAAAUCUUCACCAAAAUUUUCAUCAUCACUAUCGAUCUUUAGCUGGUUGGACAUUUGCAUUCAAAGAUUACUAUGAAGUAAAUAUUACUCGAUACGUUGAUCAUCCAAAUUUAAUUAAAAUGGCACAAAUAGUUGAUCCUUACAGCUAUUUUGACAGAUAUAGAAAUACGAAAUUAUUACAAGUACAGUCGAGUGGUGAUGAAUUUUUCCUGCCCGAUAACGAAGAUGCAUUUUGGAACGAUUUACAAAAUGCCACAGGCGGUUCGUUUCUAAGACGAUUACCAAAUGCAGAGCAUUCUUGUGCUGGCCAUGAAAUAAGUAUUUUUCUUACAAUGCGAAGUUUUUAUCUAAGUAUUUAUGAAAAUCAACCGUUACCUUCAUUGAAAUGGCAUAAAACAUCAAAUAGAACUCAUGGUUACGUUCAAGCAACUGUGGAUUUUAGUGUUGGUCCAAAGCCAAUGAUGGCUUAUGGUUAUCAUGCUCGUACACUUACUAACAAACGACGGGAUUUUCGUCUUCUUAUUGCCGAUCCAAAUAAACCGGGCAAAGCAAUUGCCAACCCUGUUAUUUGGCUCAAUACUGAUGUUGUAAUUGAAGCACAAACUGCAACAACUAUAGUUUAUUCUUUAACUAUUGAAAGUCCAAGCAGUGGUUGGGAAGGAUUUUAUAUUCAAGUUAAUUUUCCAGGUCCCGAAGGUUCCGUUCUAGAACUUACAACAGAAACGCAAAUCAUUCCUGAUUCAUAUCCAACAAAUGAUUGUUAUGCUGAUAGUUGUGUUGGUACACUUGUCUAA